AAAAAUGUAUUCCAUAGCUUCACUAGAGAGGCGCAGACAGCCAAUCGGAUGAGUGUUUGAAUCAAGGUCAAGUGAAAGAUGCUCAAUAGGACCGCUCCACCUUGGAAUGAUGCUGAAGCCUCUUGCCAGGAGAUGCGAGGCUACGAAAAGCUAAUUUUCACUGGAAGGUGUAGAAUCAUCCACCAACCGUUUUUCUUUCAGUGAUGUAGGAAAGGUGGAUUCUCUUGGUGUAAAAAUACCUACCAGGACCUGUGUGAUAUGACCCUGACAAGAGGAUCCUUCACCUAUUCCAAUGGUGAAGAGUACCAUGGGGAGUGGAGGGAAGGACUGAGACAUGGUCUAGGCCAGCUGACGUUCAGUGAUGGGACGUGUUACACGGGUCAGUUCGAGAACGGACUCUUCAACGGCUGUGGGAUGCUGGUCUUCCCUGAUGGUUCCAGGUACGAGGGAGAGUUUAUUCAGGGGAAGUUCCAAGGCGCAGGCGUCUUCAGUCGUUUUGACGGGAUGAAGUUCCAAGGAGAGUUCAAGAGUGGAUGUGUGGAGGGAUACGGUAUGCUGACGUUCGCUGACGGAGGUCCAGAAAGCGGGCGAGGAGGAAGAGGAGGGACGAGCCACGAGGGUCUGUUUGAGAGCGGCCAGCUGGUCGGCAGAGAGGGGUGCCAGGGCACGGUGCAGCGGGCACAGGGGGCAGCUGCCAAGGCACGGGCACUCUCGAUGUGACCUGCAGCUAGGGGGCGCUACUCAGGGAGCAACAACAACAAUAGGACUUUACCCUCUACAUCACAGUCAACCAACGAGCUACUGAAUCUGAUCCAGGAUCUGCUGAGCCAAAACCCACACCUCCUCCUCCCCAUCCCCAACCAUUCAUUCAACAUACGGGUGCUACCUACCGACUGCUAAAUAUGUUCUCAGAUCAGCUCUAACCGACACCAACCGCAACUACUCUGGAGUUGAAACUAGUGUCCAAGCAGGUAGAGACUGUUUUUGGAUCUGUCACAUUUCCACCACAGGGUUUUACACCGGUGCUGGCCUAAAGACUCAGACUUCACACCGGUGUCCCUCUGGAAAAGCAGCAUUAGAGACAAGAGUCUCAAAAUUAGAAUCCAGAGUCUCAGUAUUAGAAUCCAGAGUCUCAGUAUUAGAAUCCAGAGUCUCAGUAUUAGAAUCCAGAGUCUCAGUAGUUCUCAAUAGAUGCCUUGGUAAUGUUAUUAUAGCUAGCUAGGGACUGGAGUAUUCCCCUGCUAGCUAGGAGGACAGGAGAUUUUCCCUGAUCAUGUGAUCUGCCCAGGACAAAACUCCAGGCCUUAAUUAUUGUUGUCUAUGCCCCCAAGUUCUUCCUGGUCCGGUCACAUGGUUAGGAAAAGCUCCUGCCCCUGGUUAUAGCUCCUGUGUUGUGAGGUUGGGAAGAUGGGGUGAGGGGGUAGGAGGGUAGGACUAUUGCUGUGUAGGUAGGGGUGAUGGUAGGAGGGUAGGACUAUUGCUGUGUAGGGAGGGGUGAUGGUAGGAGGGUAGGACUAUUGCUGUGUAGGUAGGGGUGAUGGUAGGAGGGUAGGACUAUUGCUGUGUAGGGAGGGGUGAUGGUAGGAGGGUAGGACUAUUGCUGUGUAGGUAGGGGUGAUGGUAGGAGGGUAGGACUAUUGCUGUGUAGGUAGGGGUGAUGGUAGGAGGGUAGGACUAUUGCUGUGUAGGUAGGGGUGAUGGUAGGAUGGUAGGACUAUUGCUGUGUAGGUAGGGGUGAUGGUAGGAGGGUAUUUUCGUUGGAUGGUACGGGAUGGCUGCCAUAUUGGGCCAAACGACAAGUGUGUCUGCAUUAAGAUGACACUAGUGCACUAUAUAGGGAAUAGGGUGCCAUUUGGGACGCAACCAUAGGGAUAAAGUCGGACAGUGGCGCACGAGUUUUGAUUCGUCAACAAAUGUUAUCACACAGUAGAAAACCACCAUUACAGGAACACACAGAUGAACUUACUGUACAGCUGUUCCCUUCCUGUAUCUGACAAAUAUGUAAUCUUCAAUUUUUUACGAUAAAUAUAAUAAUAAUAAUAAUAAUAAUAUAAUAAAAUAUCUGACAAAUAUGUCACGUUAAAUGUUCAAUGUCAGUAUCUGUUUUCACAGAAAAAAGCAGAAAGAAAGAAUGAAACAAUGAAUGUUUUGAACUAACUAAUCUCAAGUUUUGUGAAUAGUCGCACUAGUAACUAACACACAUUUCACACGUGGUAUGAUGUAAUAUUGUGCCUGUUAAGGGAGAGUCUGUGGGGGGGGUCAUACCCAUUGAAACUGAGAGGGCAUCUGUGUUCCACCUCAAACUUGCCUAUUCAAGUAUAUAUUUACAAGACAGACAUUUUUUUUACACCGAAUUAAUGAAAAAUAUUUAAUAGAAAGAAAUGAGGUGCAUAACGUCUCUGGAUGGCGGUGGUGGGGGUAAGCUUAUUUCUGGUGUGGAGGUGUCUGUCUUACACGUCUCAUUCAUUUUUGUGGCUCUAAAGGGCUUUUCACAUUAGUGAGCCGAAACAGAGCCGAGCCAAACCGAGCUAUACUGAGCUGGCCUUGUUAAGCAUCUACCAUAGUUGCUGGGACCGAGCUGAAAAGGACAAUUGGAAAACAAAUUCUACUAACAUUUAUGAGCCAGUAUGGUUUGGGUCGGUAUGACAGUUUGAAAAAGGUAUUUGUGUGCCCUGUAUGAAAUCAUGGCUUCUCCCUUAGUAUCACGCUGUAAUCACUGAAAACCUGUUCCGUCUCGAUUUGAAAAUAUGACACUCCAGAAUGACUUA